AUGGACGGCAGCGACUUGCUGAGCAACAGCCGAUUCGGAAGCCACUCUAUCGGCGAAGCGAGCGGCUACGCCAACAGAGACGCGCUUGGCUCUGCAAAUGCAUAUGGCAGCAGCACAUUAAUAGGAGCAACAGCAACAGCAACAACAGCGGGGGCAUCUGGCUCCGAUAACCGCAACGGCGACUCCACCAGCCAUGGUGACGUGCACACAGAGGUGACUGUUGACCAGCCGCGCAAGGAGGGCGAGGGCACCAACAACCCCUACAUUACAUACUUGGUGACAACGACCUGCAAGAACAAGCAAACUAAGGAAAUCCGCAGAUACGCGCUGCGGCGGCGCUUCCAGGACUUUGUUUGGCUGUAUGAGCAGCUGGACAGGCAGUUUAUUGCCUGUGUUGUGCCGCCGCUGCCGGGAAAGCACCGCCUGGAGUAUCUGACGGGCGACCGAUUUAGCGAGGAGUUUGUCAACAAGCGCAAGCACGGACUGGAGCGCUUUCUGCGGAGAAUAAUUCUGCACCCAUCGCUGCGCACCAGCCAGCACCUGGUUGUCUUUCUAGAGUCCAAGGACUGGAGCUCAGAGUACGAGAUCAAACCAAAGAGCGAAAACGGCGUUCUCGAUACGCUCGGCGACACGCUGCUCAACACGUUCAGCAAAGUGCGUAAACCUGAGGAGCGGUUUGUCGAAAUGCGCGAUACGAUCGCUCGGUUGGAGGACAACUUGACGCGCACGCAAAAGUUGUAUCUGCGGGUGACCAAGCGGCAGCUGGAACUGCAGCAGGUUUAUGAGGAGCUGGGCGUCGGGAUAGUUGAUCUCGGCGAUAUCGAGACAGGCAUGACGCUGGCGCUGGUUGAGACGGGAAACGCGCUCAAGGCCCACCAUGUUUCGCUAAAGCACCUUGCGGAAAAUACCGAGGACCUGUUUCUUGGCGAGAUCGAGGAGUAUAUCUCUUACUGCGAGGCGUACCUGGAAUUGCUGAAGAUGCGCGACCAGAAGCAGGCUGAGUAUGAGGAUCUGACCGAGUACUUGCAGCAGACCGUGGCGGAGCGCGAGCGGCUAUCCAACCACCAGUCGGCUGUUGGCGUCAGUGCCGUGACCAAUUUCAUCCGCGGCAAGGUGCGGGAUCUGCGCGGCGUCGACCCGGCCAUCUCGAGGCAGCAACGGAUUGAGAGCCUGACAAAGCGCGUCGCCGAGCUGGAAUCGGCCGUGGAGACCAGCCGCGAGGACUCGGGGGUGUUCUCGGAGCUGGUUGCUGCCGAGUAUGAGGUGUUUGGGCUCAUCAAGGAGCAUGAUUUCAAGCGUGCCUUCAGCGCCCUUGCCGCGUCACACAUUGUGUUUUACUCCAGGGCAGUGGAUAUCUGGAAAACCGUCAUCCCCGAGCUGGAGAAGCUUCCUGUUGACUAG